AUGAUCCACGAUUGGCUCUCGAGAAUCCGAUAUAAAAGACGCACUAUGCCGACUGAACGAUCAAUAUCUACAGCCACUACAUCCACUACAGUUGAUUCUACUUCAACAUUCCAAGACAGUCGAAAAAUCGAAAUAAGCCGAGAAGCAAAUGAAGCUGCUAUCAAAAUAAUCAAUUAUAAAAUCGAACGAUGCAAUGACUAUUGUGAUGAAGACGCUCCAGAUUCUGAACGAUGCGGAUGUUGUGGAAGGAUGAAGGGAAAAUUCAUUGGAGAUGGUUGUCUACACUACCUUCUUUGUAGAAUGUGUUGCUAUAGAAUGAUUUUGAAAUCGCUGAAGAACUAUCAAGAUGGACCUCUGAAUGCCGAAUGUCCAGCAUGUGUUCGCACGAUAUCCACGUUGACUCGUGUCAAACGGAGUCAGACAGCCGAAGGAAACGAAGAAAACCUCCCAAUACCCGAAAAAUCGAUCUCCAUUCGUGACUUUACAAAGGAACUUGGACUAAAGGGACUCACCAACAAUGCAUACGAAUCCUCUGGAUCUCUAUAG